UCUUUCUUUCUUUCUUUCUUUCUUUCUUUCUUUCUUUCUUUCUUUCUUUCUUUCUUCCUUCCUUCCUUCCUUUCUUUCUUUCUCUCUCUCUCUCUUCCUUCCUUCCUUCCUUCCUUCCUUCCUUCCUUCCGUCCUUCCUUUCUUUAAAAUAAACUUACUAUUGAAGAAGCACUUACGCUCACUAACAGCCGGAAGAACAUGCUUCCCAUGCACCAGAGGCAAGGGCACAGAGGGUGUCUGUCACACAGGUUUGUGUCCUUGGGAGUUCUGAGGUGAAAUACUUUUCUCCCUUUUUGUCAUCCUCUUGAAGCUCCCAGAAGGGAUCCUUACCCCUUAGCAACAUGGCUGCUCCCUACCUUUCUGUGGUUGCAGAACUCUUAGCUGCUUUGUGUAGCCCCCAGAGGGAGCCUGGGGAAGCCAUGGCACAGUGAUGGAUGAGGGCAGAGAGACCCCACUCAUCUUGAUUGUCCCAGGGCACUGCAAGGUGAAUGUCUAUUAGCUCAGCCACUUAACACUCCUCGCACAGACUCUUUGGAAUCUCGAAAGCCCAGAGCAAAGCUUAAGAGAGUGGGGGCUUGAGUCCUGCUUAGAAAUCAACUUCCUGUAGAGAACCCAGCACAUCAAGGGAGCUGUCACACAUCUAUCUAGGCAAUACAGGCAGAGCUUUGGGUAGCUUGGGCACACCUUCUCCUGGAGACUGAGAUUAAAGGAGAAGCUUUCAUCCAUCACACACACACACACACACACACACACACACACACACACACACACACACAGAGAGAGAGAGAGAGAGAGAGAGAGAGAGAGAGAGGCUCACAGAGGCACCCAUAAAAGAAAAGAUCUUGGAUUCUAAUUUACAAAGCGACUCCCAGGAGAUCAGACUUGAUUUAACUAAAAGUGGGUCACCCUGUUUUCAUCCCGCUGAAGACUGCCCUCUUUCUUCAGGCGGAAUCACCAGUCACAGUGCAAAUUCAACUACAGAAAGAUGACAUUAGGCUCAUAACUUAAUCCAAAACAUCAGCUGGGGGAGAUACAGCGUGCAUGCACGUGUGUACAUGUGUGCCUGUGUAUGGAGGCCAAAGUUCAGUGUCUUAUUUGAUUCCUCUCUACCUUAUUUUUGAGCCUGGGUCACAAACUUGGCAACACUGGUCUAUCAGUGAGCCAGGGCUCUGCUUGUCUCUGCCCACCAGAGCCCUGCUUGACUUUGUCUGGGGAUUGGAACUUGGGUCCUUACCAAGCAUGGUAAAUACUUUACUGACUGAACCAUCUCUCCCAGCCACUAAAACAUCUAUUCUUUACAUUGUGCUUCACCCAUGCCUUGGUCACUUAUCCUGGCGUAGCACAUAAGGAUUUAUUAGUCUGCUACUUCCUUUCUGUAAAUGUAUCGAAAAGUUUUGAUCUAUUAGAAAGCCGGGGGUUUUGUUUGUUUGUUUUGUUUUGGCCUGUCUUCAUCAUUAGCUAAAGAACUUGAAAAAAGAAAUGUAAGCAUAGUAGUAAAUAAACUCACCAGAGAGGCCCAAGGCUAAUACUGACCCAGGAGUGCCACGAAGCUGACCUGUAGGGACAGAGGGAAAGCCAGGCAUGAUAAUGCACACCUGUAGCGUCUGUUCUCAGGAGGCUGAGUCAGGAAGGCAAUGAGUUCGAGGCCAACCUGGGCUUCAUAGUGAAACCCUGUCUAAAAACAAAAGAAAUAGAUUCUUGUGCCUCUGGGAUAGUCUGUACCACAUCUUACAAAUCAUACACUUCGAUUUUACUUUUCAGCUUUCUUCUCAGGACCUGUAAGGCUUGCUUGCAGCCUUCUGGCUUUUCUCUUCGCCCUUCCUACUUUUCCUCAUGUUGGUGUCAGCAACAAAGCCGGCUACUCUCCCCUGAAUGGUAUAAUUUGGAGUGAGAAGUGUGGUCUGGAUCUUGGAAUUGCAGAUGCAGCCUUCUCUACCCAUUUCAGCUCCUAUCGGGUUUCCCCCCAUUCGGUGGUAAUUCCCAUCACCCUGGAAGAGACUUGAGCAAGUGAGCCAGGGAAAACACGAGAGUUGGUGCAAGGGAAGAAAGGCUGGGGCAGGAUUUUUCUGUGUAAGGCCUGUGUUUCCUGUUCGCCGAGUUGCUUCUCCCACAACAUGCAAUGUUUAGCUGGCGAAGCCGCCCGUCAUGAGGGCCGUCUGUGCCAACUCUUACACUGUUUACUGCCGUGCAUGUGUGUUCUCAGCAGCUUUCUGGUUCUCCCUCGGAAUUGGCGAACAUGUUAAAAUAUGUUGCUAAUACUUACCCUCUGGAUGCUAACGUGUGCUGCUAAGGUUUAGACUGUCACACCCGGAAGCAGGCAACGCUGAUGGCAAAGACAACAUUCCCAACAAACAUGCUUUGUCACAGUGUCUCUUUCCCCGCGUCAUGCUUUUGUCCCUCCCUGCUCCCCGCAGUAUACUCUGUUUAUUCAGAAAUUAGUGACAAUGAAGUGCCAGGCACAUACAGUUAUAGCAACUGGGAUGACUGCAGUGUGCACACAUACAUCCUCGUCACCACAAACCUUACACAGCGAGAUGAGGUGGCAAUACAGGGAUGGGAAGACAAUACAAGAUAUGUUGAAUAAAUUGCAUAUUGUAUCAAAGGGGUUUUAGUCAGUUCUUUACUGUAACAAAAUGACCGUAGACUAGGUGGCUUUCAACAAUUGUUUCUUCCGGUUCUGGGGGUUGGAAGUCCAAAAUCAGGAUACCAAGACAGUGGGGUUCUGCUGAGAGCUGCCCUCCAGCUUUGCAGACAGAUGGCCUUCCCUCUUAUUGUAUCCUCACAUGGAGAGAGAGAGCCGGGGAGAGAGAGCAGCAUGCUUCACUCACUGCCAGCAAGCACAGUGGGAAGCAUGCCAUCACUGGGAUCAGCUGAGAACAGGCACGGAACUGGCUGCUUUUAACCAGAGUGUUGGGACCGACCAGUUCCUGGUCUUUUUUAUUAGAAAAGCAAUUUGUACUUGGAUUCUUGACUGGACUCCUUUCCCAUCUGGGUCUCUGAAGUGUUGAGACCCUUCCUACCCACAGAAGCAGCAGAGAUCUGUGCAGGAUAAUGGGGGUGGAGAAAUACCACUGCUCUCCUGUUUAGGGCUUGUCAUUCGGGCUGUGUCCUCAUGACCUAAGGCUCCCCCACAAAUGAUCAGAGUCUCCAAAUACAUGAGGGGACAGGACUUUGACAUAUGACUGGCAGGGUAGUGCACAAACAUGGGGUCCAUCAGAGAAAAUAGGUGCUUAUGAAGCUAAAAACAGCAAAGACAAGGGAUAACAAGUGCUGGAAAAGUGGGGACAGUGUGGGGUUUAAACUGUGUGAUCAUGUUGAGAGGGAUCCCCUAAGAUAGCAGUACGGUGGGGGUCAGGGCUAGGGAUGGGAGCCAGGGUGAGAGCGAGAGGGCCUCUGGAACUACAAUGAACUUCAGCUUGGUUUCAUGUAAAAGUUCUUCGAGCUGGUGAAUGUCAGGAUCUGUCUAAUGUGGACUGUAUUGUGUAGAAAUGACUUUUGACAGGGUAUGGUGGCCUGUCAUCCCGGCACUUGGGAAGCUGAGGUAGGAAGACUAAGAAAAUCUGGUUUUGUAACAAGACCCAAUUUCAAGAAGAAAGGUUCCUCUGCCUUACCUUCAUUGGCCCUUUGUCAGUGGGUGUGUGAUCAGCUCUGCUGGGCUCCAUGGGGGUUUCUCCCACGUAGUUCUGUUGCCAGCAGAGAGCAAUUCUGUUUCUGAUCUUCACUCUCUUGCACUGAUUUCUCCCUCGAAUGGGUAGGAAGGCUCGAUGACAUUUUGGAGCCCAGAUACGGAGUGGGCAGGAGAAAUAAGUAGAUCUUCACUGUUGGUGGUGCUCAAGCGCUUUGAUCAAAAGCUGCCGCCUAGUGGUGAUGGCACAUUCCUUUAAGCACAGCACUUGGGAGGCAGGGGCAGGUGGAUCUCUGAGGCCAGCCUGGUCUACAGAGUGAGUUCCAGGAUAGGACAGCCAGGGCUACACAGAAAAACCUUGUCUUUAAAAAACCAAAAAGGAAAAAAGAAAAAAAGAAGAAAGAAAGAAAAAGAAAAGGAAAAAGAAGCGUCUCACUGAGCCACUGACUCGUGUUGUGCCUGAGUUCUUCCAAGCACAUUGUCCCUUUCGGAGCAAUGAAAUGCUUUUCCGGUGGUGGUGCACAUCCAGCAGUAUUCCCAGAGGCGUCCUUAUCCUGGAAAAGCUGGGGGUCUUUGGGGCUUGGAGAGCUUUUGUGUUGAUUGUGGGAGUUCUCAAGAGCAAGAUGCCUUCAACAGGUCACUUGUGACAGAUCUGCAACAUUGUCAUGAUUUUAAAUGAGGGUUAAUGAGCAGGCAUAGUUAAUUUACUGUGCAAAUGAACAAUACUAACAAAGACUAGUUAUCAUCACAAUAAUUACCACAGAAUGAGAAUCACAUUUUUUUUUAAGCUUUAGAGCGUAAAACUGUUGGCUUAAGAAAUUUCAUUCGGUUAAUACAUAUCAUUCGAUUAACACAAGGCUUUAAAAAGGUAUUUAAACCUAACGGGCUCUUUCUCUCUCUGUCCUUUCUUUUUGCUGUUGUUAGCUGACAUUGCUAAGCACAUAAAUGUCACGUGAGCCACAUCAAACAUAGUCAAGGACGGGCGAGAUGGCUUGGCAUGUAAAUGUGCUGCUGACAAGCCUUAGAACUCAGUUCAAACCCUGGGACCCCCACAGUGGAAGAGGCCACGUAGCCUCUGACCUUCCAUAUGUUGGCUGUGACACAGAAGCCCUCCUGUACUCCCCAACACAAAUGGAUAAAUAAAUGCAGCUUUAAACUUUUAAAGCUAUUCAAAACAAAAUUUAGUUGGCUUUUCGAAAAUAUUUAUUUAUUUAAUUAUAAUUUUAAUUUUUGGUUUUCCAAGACAAGUUUUCUCUGUGUAACCCUGACUGUCCUAGAAUUCCUCUGUAGACCAGGCUGGCCUCAAACUCACAGAGAUCUCCCUGCCUCUGUCUCCCGAGUGCUGGGACUAAAGAAUAGGCCAUCACAUCUGGCCGGUUUAUUUAUUUUUAGUUUGCGUGUAUGAGUUUUUCCAUAUGUAUGCCUUGGAUGCCAGAAAGAGUGUCAGAGCGCCCGGAAGUGAAGUUACAGUUGUGGCCCAUCCUGUAGGUUCUGGGAUCUGAACCCAGGUCCUCGGCAAGACUAGCAAGGGCUCAUAACUGUUGAACCCUCUCUCCAGUCCCUAUUUUAGUUGAUUUUAACAAAAAGUUUAAGAAAAUGUAGGGGAAUAAGGGGAAUUAAUACUGAGUAUGUGCUCUAUCAUUGGCCACAUCUACAGCCUGCAAUAAUCAUCAUCAUCAUCAUCAUCAUCAUCAUCAUCAUCAUCACUUAGUGAAUUAUUUUUCAGGAAUUGUGUCAACUUCUCACAGUCAUGCGAAUUCUAUUGGCAUUGAAGAGAGCAUGCUGUCAUUUCUAGGAGGCACACACAAGUGUUACCCUUGUUUAAGAUUAGCUAUCACAGACCUAUCAAAGAAGGCAGAGAGCUGAAAUCUGAGCUUUCUGCUCCACUGAUUUUCCUGGACGACCUUGGGCAGGUCAUUUAAACCCUCAGCUUUGGCUUCCUUUCGUCUAAGACAGACAGUGCUUUCCUUCACUAGUCUGAUGUCAUAGGAUGUGGUAGGGCUCCUGAGAGAUGACCCGCCCUUCAUUUGAUCAAUGAACGUCUUUCUCUAGCUCUUUAGGGAGCACUCUAUGGAAAGUCUAGCCAACAGUGAUGGCUGAUUAGCUGUUCCUACCUACAUUGUCUCACCGUGCAGGGAGUCCUGACUGAAGGUGAUUCCUAACAGAUGCUCCACAAGGCGCCAUUUAUUAAAUCAUGUCCUUUAUAAAACUGUCUGUGUGUGCAACUCUGCUGAAACGGAUCUUGACUGGGCUUUAUUUUUAAAUUUUAUUUUAAAUUAAAACAUAAUUAUAUUAUUUCUUCCACUCCUUCUACUCCUUUCUGCCCCUCUCAUGAUCCUCUUCUCAAAUGUGUGAUCUCUUUUUCUCUAAUUAUUAUGAGCAUAGGUACAUAGAACAUACUCGAUAGUGAACAUGUAAGACCCAGCCUAAAGCCUCAUAGCUUCAGAAUGCCUAUUCUACCUUUGGAGAAGUUUAUUGAGAUAUGUAGACUUUGGAUCUCACUAAUUUGGGUGUGUGGUACUUAUUUUAUCUGCAUAUUUUAAUAAGUUUUUAAAAUUAAAAUUAAUAUAAAAUUGUGACCUAUAUAAAUAUAUGUAUAAAAGUGAAUAACUAUAUAAUUAAGCCUGCUGAGCCCAAUAGUGUUGCCUGUGUGCACAUGUUUUUAGGGUUGACUUCUUGGAUUAUGUUUUCUUAAUAAAAGUGGAGAUACUGGCUUUCUUUCAGAGAUUGGGAUUUGGUUCCCAGCACCUAUUGUUCACAACUAUCUGUGACUCCAUUUCCAGAGGAUGUGACACCCUCUUCUGGACAGCAGACAUGAUCGUAGUACACAUACACGUGUGCAGGAAAGGCACUCAAGUACACAAUAAAAAAAAAUGUCUUUAAAACAAAGAGCUGAAGUACAUCUAAACACUCUGGUUACUUUGCGAGGCCUAAGAACUCUUCUUAUUCAUGCUGGACAAAGAGGUCCCUGCAGAAAGCACAGGGCUGUUGAUGUUGUAAAUUGCUGCAUUUUCCAGCUUCGGACACAGGACACAAGUUCCAGUGGCAAAUGUAAACUGUGCUUCCAGAACACAGCCUUAUUCUGGCACACGUGUGUUUAAUGAGAAUAUAAUAUUCAUCUCUAUUACGUUGAGAGUUAACUAGGUUUUUAUCAUUCCUUCUUCCCUCUUUCCCUCCUCUCCUCCCCCACUUCUUCCUUUUUUGAUCGAGUAUUUCCCUGGAGAAAAGAAGGUCAUAGGCUCCUUACCAAGUACUUAGAAAAUUGAUAAAUGAAUUUCAGUUCCACCCACACUGACUGUUGGAGACAGGAGCCAGAAGCUUUAAGGUGGCUGACUGGAGCUGUGUUGGUUAUAAGUUUUUGCCCAGUGGUCUCUGCUUUCUUCCCCGUGGUCUUCUGCUUACUCUCAAAUGUACAGAAGUGAGAGGAUGAAUAUUCCUUCAGGGUUACAGGGCAGGUCUUUGCUUUGUCUCCACUCUGUUACUAGGUAAUAGAUUUUAACAGAGAUCAUGGUGAAGACUGACAAAGGCACAAGGGCAGGGCUCUGGGGCAGUCCUGAGGCAAGGCGGCAUCUAGGAGCUUUCUCAAGCACGGUUUGCUAGGAAGACCCAUCUCCCUGCAGCCACAGUGACUGAGAGCCUUCCCCACACUUCAGAGUUUGGAGGGACAAAUGUCCUCUACAAAAGGAGAAUUCAUGUCCUUUUUAGACCAAGGGAGAGUCAGCUCCUUUGUGCUUGCCAGUGUUAAAAUGCCCAAGUCUGAUCACCUCCUUGGGUUUGUACUUCGUUUUUUUGAAACUUCUGAACAUGUAUAAUUAAGACUACAUUACACCAGGCCGAAGAGAUGGCUCAGUGGGUAAAGCAGCUUACAGCCUAUCCUGAGGGCCUGAGUUCAGUCACUGGAUCCAUGUGUAGCUAUUUUCCCCUUGGGCACCACUCGCUUUUAAACCCAGCAAACAUCUUGGUAGCACAGACCCUCUCCUGUAUAGUUGUGUGCGUGGGGAAGACGCUGUUAUUUUAUUGUUAUUUAGAGCACAGACAAGCUUGCUAACGCUUCCACUGAGAGCUGAUUAUUCUGAGGUCACUGACAUUGGCUUUUCUCUCCCAUCACAGCAGCGUGCAGGGUCGAGGACAGCCGGCCCCACAUGUCAGUGGUCUAGGAUGGCCAGUGAGGGCGCCAGCAUCCCGAGUCCUGUGGUACGCCAGAUUGACAAGCAGUUUCUGAUCUGCAGUAUAUGCCUGGAACGGUACAAGAACCCCAAGGUCCUGCCCUGUCUGCACACUUUCUGCGAGAGGUGCCUGCAGAACUACAUUCCAGCCCACAGUUUAACCCUCUCCUGCCCAGUGUGUCGUCAGACCUCCAUCCUGCCUGAGAAAGGGGUGGCUGCACUCCAGAACAACUUUUUUAUCACAAACCUCAUGGAUGUGCUGCAGCGAACGCCAGGCAGCAACGGCGAGGACCCUUCCAUCCUGCAGACGGUCACCGCUGUGGCUGCAGGAAAGCCUCUAUCAUGCCCGAACCACGAUGGAAAUGUGAUGGAAUUUUACUGCCAGUCCUGUGAGACCGCCAUGUGUCGGGAGUGCACGGAGGGGGAGCACGCAGAGCACCCCACAGUCCCGCUGAAGGACGUGGUGGAGCAGCAUAAGGCCUCACUCCAGGUCCAGCUGGAUGCAGUCAACAAAAGACUCCCAGAAAUAGAUUCUGCUCUUCAGUUCAUCUCAGAAAUCAUCCAUCAGUUAACCAACCAAAAGGCCAGCAUUGUGGACGACAUCCACUCCACCUUUGAUGAACUGCAGAAGACUUUAAAUGUUCGCAAGAGCGUGCUGCUCAUGGAGCUUGAGGUCAACUAUGGCCUCAAACACAAAGUGCUGCAGUCGCAGCUGGAUACCCUGCUCCAAGGCCAGGAAAGCAUUAAGAGCUGCAGCAACUUCACAGCGCAAGCCCUCAACCAUGGCACGGAGACGGAGGUGCUGCUGGUGAAGAAGCAGAUGAGCGAGAAGCUCAACGAACUGGCGGACCAAGACUUCCCACUGCACCCGCGCGAGAACGAUCAGCUGGAUUUUAUCGUGGAAACUGAGGGAUUGAAAAAGUCUAUCCACAACCUGGGGACCAUCCUCACCACUAACGCGGUCGCCUCUGAGACGGUGGCCACGGGCGAGGGGCUUCGGCAGACCAUCAUCGGGCAGCCCAUGUCCGUUACUAUAACCACCAAGGACAAAGACGGAGAGCUGUGCAAGACAGGCAACGCAUACCUCACCGCUGAGCUCAGCACCCCCGACGGCAGCGUGGCGGACGGAGAGAUCCUGGACAACAAGAACGGCACCUACGAGUUCCUGUAUACUGUGCAGAAGGAGGGGGACUUCACCCUGUCUCUCAGGCUCUACGACCAACACAUCCGAGGCAGUCCGUUUAAGCUCAAGGUCAUCCGCUCGGCGGACGUGUCCCCCACCACCGAGGGCGUGAAGCGACGAGUCAAGUCCCCAGGGAGCGGGCACGUCAAGCAGAAGGCUGUAAAGAGACCGGCCAGCAUGUACAGCACCGGCAAGCGAAAAGAGAACCCCAUCGAGGACGACUUGAUCUUCCGAGUGGGUACCAAAGGAAGAAACAAAGGAGAAUUUACAAACCUGCAGGGUGUGGCUGCAUCUACGAGUGGAAAGAUAUUAAUUGCAGAUAGUAACAACCAGUGUGUGCAGAUCUUUUCCAAUGACGGACAGUUCAAAAGUCGUUUCGGCAUCCGAGGUCGAUCCCCAGGACAGCUCCAGCGUCCCACAGGGGUAGCGGUGCACCCCAGUGGGGACAUCAUCAUCGCAGAUUAUGACAACAAGUGGGUCAGCAUUUUCUCCAAUGAUGGGAAGUUUAAGACAAAAAUUGGAUCAGGAAAACUGAUGGGGCCCAAAGGAGUUUCUGUGGACCGCAAUGGGCACAUUAUUGUGGUGGACAACAAGGCAUGCUGCGUGUUCAUCUUUCAGCCCAACGGGAAAAUAGUCACCAGGUUUGGUAGCCGAGGAAACGGCGACAGGCAGUUUGCAGGUACACUUGAUGGUCCCCAUUUUGCAGCUGUGAAUAGCAGUAAUGAGAUCAUCAUUACAGAUUUCCAUAAUCAUUCUGUCAAGGUAUUUAAUCAGGAAGGAGAAUUCAUGUUGAAGUUCGGCUCAAAUGGAGAAGGAAAUGGGCAGUUUAAUGCACCAACAGGUGUAGCCGUGGACUCGAAUGGAAACAUCAUUGUGGCUGACUGGGGGAACAGCAGGAUCCAGGUUUUUGAUGGGAGUGGAUCAUUUUUGUCCUAUAUCAACACAUCUGCUGACCCGCUGUAUGGCCCCCAAGGCCUGGCUCUAACUUCGGAUGGCCACGUCGUGGUUGCAGACUCCGGAAACCACUGCUUCAAGGUCUAUCGGUACUUACAGUAACCGUGGACAGCUCUGUGCCGAGGUCUUGCACUAGAAACUGGAAUGGAGUUCUCAAUGUGGGACCAGAUUCCGAUAGGACUUUCCGUACUAGGAAGAGUCUUUGGUGAACUUUCCAAGGUUAUUUCUGAAUGUAAUCAUUUCCUUAAAAACUGCUUAUCCAAUUUCCGUAAUUCACUUUUAGGAUUUAAAAAAGAAUCUUCUUCUACUGAAUCUGUACAAACUGCGAAGUUUUACACCCGUGAACUAUGGCUCAUAGGACAGGGAUUUCUGUAGUUAAACUAAUUUUGCAAAUCAGACGUUAAAAAGAAUUAGUGUAUCUGUUGACUGGUGAAUGAAUGAUAGCCUUUGCAUAGAACUUCCAAGAACAAAACUUGUAGUUGCCUAUUUUAUUUAACUUCGAUCACAAGACCCAAGGGACCGUCUAACCUCACUUUUACAGUAGGUGUCAUUAUUCUGGUGACAUGUUUUUGCUUAUCAACAACCACAUAUAAAUUACCUUAGAAAAAUCCAAGGCUGUCUUGCAAGAUCCUCCCAGCUCUGACUCAGGGCCCUCUUGAGUUGAGCCCAUCAGAAUCAAUGCAAAUCUCCCAAAUUUUCUGGGUUUGAUCAAAGGUCUUUUCCGUGUGUUCUUUUCACCUUCUCAUUUCUGCUCACCUUGCAUCAGAAAAUGAAACACGUUGUCGGGGAAAACCUGAAAUUCCCGAUGCUUUGGAAGGCACGUGGCAAACAAAAGCAAGGGGACCCCUUUGGUUGCUAGCUUCAGAUCAACACACUGGAAAGGAACCGAGAGAAGCCACAUCCAUGUGCCAUGUGUUCAUAUGUCUUUCCUCUUCCACAUCAUGAAGCAAAAGCUUUACCUCCUGCAAAACGUCAGCACAUGUAGGCGGACUCCAGUGUCCUGGGACAGAGAGCCCUAAACAGCCCUUAGGAGGACGGACGGUGUCAACCAAAGGCGUGUGAUUGAGUCAGAUUUCCCCUUAGAGAGCAAGUGUUACCAAAGUUCUGUUUGAGCAUUACAGGUAAGGGCAUGUUGCGGUUAUUUAUCAUUGUCUAAUGACUAGUAGAGGCAUUAAAGGGGCAAGUAUACAUGGUUAGGGUAAGAUAGAAUGUAUUAUACAUAUAUAUAAAUAUAUAGCCGAGUCCUGGGCGUGUGGGAAUAGGCAGCACUCUGAAAGACAGAAGCAUUGUCCAGCCAUUCUUCAGCACAUUCCCUGGCUGCUGCGGUCUGAAGCCGUCCUUGUGGAGUGAACCCUACAGCAGGUUUCGGGGUUGACAUUUUCUGACGUGAUGGUGAUGUCUGGCUUCCAGUCAAAUGACCUUCUUUGUGUUCAAGAAAAAAAGAAAGAAAAAGAAAGAAAGAAAUCUUUAAACAUUGAGCUUGAGUUACCCUUCAUUUAGGUGUAAAUGCAUUUUGAGAGCUUUUACCUGUCAUACUGUAAGCAAAGAUGUGUUCUCUUUCCACUGAUUUUCUACUCAGUUCUACCAAAUAGGAAAGUUGCAUGUGGCGUGUGCGAUGAUGACUUUGGGAUGUCAUUCACUGAAAGCACCUUAGAUAUGUAAAAACAUUUCCCUUAGAUACAAGUGAUGUUUAUGGCUUAUCUUAAAAUCCAAAUGUUCUUGAUAUGAAAGUUUUAAAAAAUUUAGAAGGGAAAUCUGGCUACUUCCAAUGGUCUAUUUAAUUCAUUAUGCCCAAAUCUGAGUGGAAAAACUUUUAUUUUCAGAUUUACAUUGGCGUUUUAGCUUGUUAUCAUUUUAGUUCUGUGGGGUUUUAAAAUAUACAAGCCUGUCUGUACUAGACAUAAAAUUCAACACCAGUUUUAGAAUGAUAAAGUGAGACUACUUCUGAAUUCCACAAAAUGAGUCUUUGACUUUAUAUUUUGGGUUUUAAUUUUUCUUUCUUGGUGCUGGGGAUGGUACUCAUGGACUCAGACAUUCAGCAAGAGCCCGGCAGUUGGGCAGUGCCUACAGCCUAAGCCUUCGGUAUGAACUUCAGUGUUCCUAUCCACUGCCUUCCUACCAGGGGCCAGGAAUGCAUCUAUGCACUGGGAGCAGAGGGAUGCAUAAAAGAGAGAGGCAUGGCUGUCCUGUGAUAGCUUAUACUCUGGAAAGGAGAUUUCCUUGUGCUGUGUAUUAAUAGUCUGCCUGCAGCAUUUUUUCCGCUUCUGGGCUAUUUAAAAGAAAGCUUUUUAGAAAACGAGUACAUUAAUUUUAGUUAAUUUUCACAAGCAGAAAACAUUUUUUAAGAGGCUGCCAUAGGCUGUUUUUGUUCGCUUGCUUGUUUGUUUCUGUGGUGCUGGUGAUGGAAUCCAGGGCCUCGGGCAUGCUCUGCAGCUGAGCUGUACCUCCAGGUUGCAACUCUUACUUUGAAAAUGAAUUUACCAAACAGGUUUUUUUGUUUGUUUGUUUGUUUUUUGCACAAUGUUGAGAUAUGUGUGAACUGAGAAAUUAACCCAUACACAAGUCGGCUGCGUAUGUAAAAUCCCCCAUCUGGCUUGAUAGCUCAAUAAGAAAUAAUACAAAUUAGGUUUGUUUUUUUUUUCUUAACACACAAAUACUGGUAUGAACUGGAAUGAGAGAAUAAUUUGAUUUAGACCUGUUCCACCAUCAGCUACUAAAGCGCCUGCUGUGGGCACUGCAGGAAGCACUACAUUCUACACUUGGGUACGUGUGUGCAUUCACUGUAUUUCUUUGUGGUAAGCAUAUUUGGGGGAGAGGGGAGUGCUGCUACUAAGAUACACAUAGACAAGAUCUAAAUGAAGUCUUGUCUCAUUUGGUAGGAAUGGUUUCUAGUAAACUAAGAAGGAUUAUUAAAAUAAGUGGCUUUUUUUUGUUCUAGGUACUGUUACUGUCUAAUUGAUCUUUGUCGAGUGUAUAGAACCCGUCACACAUUCAUGAUGCAUAGCACUGAGAAAGUAAGCGUUCAAAUUUCCCUUGGGCACGAAGGACAAACAGUUAGGUUUUAUAGGUUAAUGGUAGUGAAUCUUCUCCCGUCAGAAACCUCCCCUGCUGGACACGGGAUGGUAGGGAGUCACUUGACUAUCCAGAAACACACAAUUAGAAAGUCGUUAUGACUGUUUGCUGGUUUUUAAAUGAUGUGUAAGGUUUUGAUGAAACUUUAGUCUCUGUAACCAAAUAAGCCCCUGAGUUUCCUAAACUUGACAAAAUUUGAGGCAAUAAGUAGCCCUGGUCCACGUGGCUGUUGUGCGACUGCUCCCACUACAUGUACAGGGUAUAUAUGUCCUCACAGGGAAUGAACUGGAAUAGUGGUACGUAACCGGGUAUGUGGAGCCUCACUCUGAAGGGUUGGCAUAAAUGUUGUGGUAAUUCCUACAGAGGAAACUGGAGAGAACAGGUCGACACCAGGUCAUCUGUAGAUCAUGACAAACGGGGAAUGUCUCUCUAUGCAUUUGGACUUAGCUCCCCCUCUCGGCUCACCAGCCUCUGAACAGGGAGGAGGAAUUUCUUUUUUUGGUGAAUGCUUUUAAAACAAGACCUUUCCGAGUAGGACAGCAUUGAAGCUGCCCGAUGCAAACCUUAGCUACUUUCCCUUCCAAUCAAAAGUCCUAAUACCGUUACUUUAUGUAAAUGUUGCAGGGUUUUAAAAAUUUACAAUUAUUUUAAUAUUUUUGAUAACUAGGAGUCUAGUAUUGCCAUAAAGGAAACUAAGUGCCCAUUAAAAAUUUGUUUGGUAUAAAUAAAUGCUUUCUGGGUUUUGUUUCAAAUGACAGUAAGCUACAAAUCACGACGCUAAUCUUCAGAAACACUUUCUAAUGAACCGUGUGGUAGUUGAUUGUGUGGCCUGUUUGUGGAGAGUGUAUGGGUGCGAUUCAUUAAUACUCUAGAAGAGACUAAUAAUCAGCUAUCUUGUUCCAAUGAAUGUACGGCACUUCCAUUACUUUUCAAAAGCAACACAGCCUUAACCUCAAUGCUUUUGCUUUACAACAUGGGGCGUUUGGCUAUCAACGAAGCGUCCCCUGCUAACGUUCUUUCUUAUCAUUCCUGACUGCGGCCUUCUGAGGCUGCCUAUGAGAAUGAGGGUUGUCUGUUUCCUUUUCGUUUCUUUGAAGAUUUUGUACAUUCCACCUUGACACAUCUGUCUCACACAUUUUGUGUACAGACCGCUGGUCUUGCGUUUUCUGCCAUCGGUAAUGAUACAGCCUCCUCAUGUGUUCUUUUAUGAAUUGAAAUGCUGACUGCCUAUUUAAAUAGAACGGACGCUGUGCAUCAACGUGUUUGUAUGUUCGUAGCUACAUACGUACCACAGUAUUUUGGAUGCUUUAGUCUAUAAUAAAACUUUAAAUUAAUUCUGUCUUGAAACACGGGAGAAACAAGAUUCAUGUGUGUAUAUCGUUACCAUGCACAAAAAUCUCAAAUCAUUAUAAUAAUAAAGCUUGUUCUCUCUGUCUA